AUGUCAUUUAAAUUCAAUUUUGAUGUAGAUGAAGAAACAGAGGAAAUCAAACAGAAAUCGGACGGUCUUGAACAGUCAGAUGAUACUGUGAUAGAGGAAAGAGAAGCAAAGAUUAUUGAUUACAAUAGCUCACCUAUUUAUAAUACAGACAAUAUUGAACAUCUAUUGAAUGAAAAUGGUAUAUUGGUAGAGAAUGUGCCGUUCAAACAAGGUGUUCAAUUGAAGAAACUUGCAAAACCAUUGGUUUCGUUAUCUACUAGUAGUGGUAAUAAUAAUAGUACUGGUGGCAACGACAACAAUAACAACAACAACAAUAAUAAUAAUAAUAAUAAUACUCUCCAGAUGUCACAAUUAAUGGAAAGUGAAUCACUAAACAACAUGUUGAAUUCAAACAAAUCGGAUUUAAUACCGGGUGUAUAUGAAGGUGGAUUCAAGCUAUGGGAAUGUGCAAUCGAUCUCGUUAACUAUAUGAUCGAAAAGCAGAUAUCUCUACAGAAUAAACGUGUCUUGGAGAUUGGUUGUGGUCAUGGAUUGCCUGCACUCUACUGUUUGUCGAAAGGUUCAGAUGUUACAUUACAAGAUUACAAUCAAGAGGUUAUAGAUACACUCAGUAUUCCCAAUUUGAAAUUGAAUAACUUUAAAGGUCAAACAAGAUUUAUAUCUGGUGAUUGGAAAUAUGUUGAUACUUUAUUAAAAGAAGAAAAGUUUGAUCUAAUUUUAACAUCAGAUACUAUAUAUAAUAUAAGUUCAUUCAAAAAACUCUAUAAUUUGAUAAAGAAUCAUUUAGCACCCAAUGGAAUAUGUUUAUUGGCAGCAAAAUCAUUCUAUUUUGGAUUGGAACAAUUAGAAAGAAUUAGCGAUGGUUCAUCAAACCUUAGAGAAAUAAUCGGUCUCCAACUUCCAUGA